AUGCUAAGGAAGCGAUUACUGAAUGAAUUAGAGCGGAUCCUUAAGAAAGAUGAGUUCGAAUGGAGUGUCCUAGUCCUGGACAAAAUUGGACAAGAUGUGAUCGCACCACUCUUUCGUAUGAGUGACUUGAUGGAGAUGGGAAUUGUGCAAUGUUUAAGAUUAGAAGAAGAAAGACCAAAAGUAGUUGAGGCUCGGGCGGUUUAUUUAGUAGCUGAAACGGCUGAGAAUUGUGGGAUUAUUGCUAAAGAUAUUACAGGGGGAUGGUAUAGAUCGGUUGAGGUGAUUUUUACAGGGGUAGUAGGUCGAUCUGAAUUUGAAAGUUUGGCACAAGUAGUUGGAGCCCAAGGUGAAAGUAGACGAGUAAGACGAGUAAUGGACGGAUUAGUGCGGCUUUCAAUGGUGAGUGAGCGGUUUUAUAGCUUGAAUUUGGAGGGGAGUUUUAUGGCGGGGGGAGAAGAAGUAUCGGCAGCUAUAAAACUAGGGAUAUUAUCAUUGUUGCGGGGUUUGGAAAAUCCGGUGAUUUUAAGUGAGGCUAAGUAUAUGGGUUUAGGGGAGAGUAUAAUGAAUCGAGCGAAAGAGUUGGGAGUGAAAGGUCGGCCGGGUAAAAGGUCGGCGGCGGUAGUUAUACUGGGUCGGGAGAUGGACUUAAUUACUCCGGUAGAGCAUGGAUGGACAUACGGGUCAUUAGUAGUGGAUUUAUUGGGAUACGAUUUGAAUAAGGUAACUAUUCCUGGGAAGAUGGUGCGUACGGAUGGAGUGAGUGGUGGAGAUGAAGGGAGUGAUGUAGGUGAAGAUAAAGUUUUUGAUUUAAACCGAUUUGAUCAAUUUUGGGCGCAAAACCAGAAUGAGUACUUUCCAACGGUUGCUGAACGGGUUGAGCAAGAACUUGGUGAGUAUAAGGCAGAUUUAGCGCAACGAUCAAUCGAUUCGUCCUCUUCGAAAGAAACAAUUUCACAAGCACUAGCGCAAGUACCGGAACUGUCUCAGAAGAACAAGCAGAUUCAUACGCAUAUGACUAUUGCUCUGUCCUUGGUGGAAGAGAUAAAGAAGCAAAAGCUUGAUGAGAUUGUAGGAUUGGAGAAUGACACAAGUAAGAUAGCAGAGAUAAAGGAUGAGUUGGAAGACCUACUGCCUAAAGUAUCAGCAGAGAACUUCUUGCGGGCUUUAGCCGUUCUAACUAGUCGAUUCCCGGAAGAGUCUGGCUACUUGGAAGGUUUAGCGCGUAAGAAGGGAUGUGCCGUGGAAGUCCUGCGGUUCUUAGCUCAGAGUCAGGAAGAGAGUACGAGUGAGCGACGGUCAAUAGUUUCGACUGCGGCCACUUCACUCUUCCGGAACAUAAAGCGUAUUCUGCCUCUGAAGAAGAAGAUGCCCAUUACAGUAGCUGUUCAGGACAUUCUGAACCGGCGCACGAACUACCAGGCCGUGGAGUUGUAUCCUAACCAGAACUUGAACUAUGCCUCAGUGCAUGUUUUUAUGAUCGGUGGAGGAACCUUUACGGAAUACAAGAGUCUAAUGGAGCUAGCCGAAGAGACUGGGAUAGAAAUAACGUAUGGGGCCACAGAAAUUCUAGUGCCUAGUAAGUUUCUGGCCAGAAUAGCCGAGAUAUUGGCAACUAAAUAA